AUGGAAGAAUUUGAAAGAGCUAGUGGAUUUCCUAAAGUUAUAGAAAAAUGGCAACUUGUGCAGCGUACCGUCCAGCAUUUUUGGAAACGGUGGGCGGCUGAAUACAUCGCCAAUUUACAAAACCGAACGAAAUGGAAAGGAAAACAACCCAAUCUACAAAUGAACGACUUAGUUUUGAUACGAGACGACAAUGCACCCCCAUUGAAAUGGAAAUUAGGACGAGUGAUCGAGCUACAUCCCGGACACGACGGUUUCAUCCGAGUGGUCACGAUCCGUACAGGAAACGGGAUCUACAAACGAUCUGUAGUCAAACUAUGCAAAUUACCCGUCAACGAGGAUGAAGUCAAGCUGCCUACGGUCAAGCUUCCGAUAUUCGACGGAAGGACAGAAGAGUGGAAACGAUUUUACGAGACGUUUCAAUCCCUGAUACAUGCCAACGAGGUCAUUCCAAACAUACAGAAGUUCCAAUAUCUGGUCACAUCAUUAAGUGGCAACGCAGCCAAAAUCAUCGAGUCAAUCGAGUUGACAGACGCAAACUACUCAGUGGCAUGGGAAUUGCUGAAGAAGAGAUUCGAUGAUCCCAGAGCAAUAAAGAAGAAACACAUACAGUGCCUGUUCGCGAUGCCUAAAAUCGAGAAAGAAUCAGCCCUCGCAAUCCGGAGUUUAGUGGAUUACACACAGAAACAUCUGCGAGUAUUGAAAUCAAUGCAGAUGCCAACCGAUGCAUGGGGCGAGCUGAUAAUACACAUGAUGGAGUCAAAACUAGAUACGAAGACGUUACGAGCAUGGGAGCAAAGCGGGAAGGCAAACGACGCAUCGUUUGACAAGUUAACGGACUUCUUGGAGGAAAGAUCUCAAAUGCUUGAACGAUUAGAAGCUCGAAGCAAGGAGAAGCCCUCUGCGCACAAAAAGGAAGAUGACAAGACGAAAUCAAAGACUCACAGCAAGGAUGGAGCAAUCGCGUUAGCCAACUCAACGGACAGCGGAAAAUGCUACUUGUGUCAUGGCGAGCAUUGUCUAUAUCAAUGUGGGAAAUUUCUGUCCUACCCCAUUGACGAACGCAUCAAAGAAGCGCGACGACUUAAACUUUGCAUGAAUUGUCUACGUAACGAUCAUUUCGUUAAAACAUGCAAAAUGGGUUCGUGCAGAAAAUGUGCUGGAAGACACAACACACUGUGCCAUCGAGAUACGACGAACGAAAAGAAGAAUGACGAUGAGAACAAAAAACAAGAGUCCAAAGACGCAGACCCGAAAGCGAGCAGCAGCGUUGCAGUACAUCACGCAGUCAACAUGGAGAAGAAGCACGUGCUACUGGCCACAGCGAUAGUCAAUGCGGUACAUCGGAAUGGAUCCGUGGUACCAAUUCGUAUCCUUUUAGAUGGCGCAAGCGAAGUUCAUUUCAUUACGCACGCCGCGUGCAACAAGUUAGGCGUGAAACGCAAUCGAGAGUCCGAAAUUGUAACCGGAAUUAGUGAAAUAGAGAGUAGCGUAACGCAAUGCUGUAACGUUGUACUAAAAUCAAGAUUCUCCAGUGCGUGCGCUAACAUUCGCGGACUCGUUGUACCUAAAAUCACUAAAAGCUUACCAUGUUCCGACAUCGAUUACAACGCGUUGAACAUUCCGAAGAAUCUUAAAUUAGCCGAUCCGGAAUUUUAUAAAAAGGGACCGAUAGAUCUUCUUGUCGGGGCCGAGUAUUUCUAUGAUUGGAUAUUAACAGGUAAAAUCGAAUGCGGUAAUGACCGUCCAAUAUUGCAAAACACGGAGCUUGGGUGGGUAGCGGCCGGGCGAAUCGCGAGCGAACUCAUAGUGAAUUCCCCGUACAGUCGCAACACAGUAUCCGCUAUGGCAUGCACGUCAGAACAAUGCGAAAAUCUCAGCAAAGACCUAAACAAAUUCUGGGAAAUGGAAAGCUAUCAGCUCGAUGAAACGCGCCCUUCGAUGGAGGCACAAGAAUGCGAGAAAUUCUUUGAGAAUACUACCACGCGAAAUGAGGAUGGUAAAUUCAUAGUGCGGUUACCGUUCUCCGACGAUCCCAAAGCAUUAGGCGAAUCUCGAGAAAUUGCAAUUAAACGACUAUUACAGUUAGAACGACGGUUCGAACGAGAUAAGAAAUUACACGAAAGUUACACAGCAUUUAUGCAGGAUUACUUGAAUUCCGGACACAUGUCAUUGGUCAAAGAGACUGAGAAUAAAACCGACCAUGCAAUAGUUUAUCUACCACAUCACAGCGUAAUCAAGGAAUCAAGCUCAAGUACAAAAUUGCGCACGGUCUUCAAUGCGUCGAGUAAGACUAGCUCAGGGAAAUCGCUCAAUGACAUUCUAAUGACAGGACCCGCGAUUCAAGGUAAUCUAACCGAUAUUCUUUUGCGAUAUCGCAUGUACAAGGUAGCGCUAACCGGUGACAUUAAACAAAUGUAUCGGCAAAUAAUCGUGCAUGAAAAUGAUCGAGAUUGUCAGCGAAUAUUGUGGAGAUUUUCGACGAGUGAACCGAUUCAGGAAUUCAGACUCAAUACCGUCACGUAUGGCGAAACCAGCUCGGCGUACCUAGCGUUGAGAUGCAUACGCGUACUCGCGAAAGAGUCAGAACACGAAUUUCCGUUAGUAUCACGAAUGUUAUCGGAGCAAACUUACGUCGACGAUAUUUUAGCAGGCGCGGAUAGUCCCGACGAAGCCGCGUUAUUACAGGAACAGAUUACCACAACACUCAAGACAGGCGGAUUCGAGACGCACAAAUGGUGUUCCAACAACAAAGAGGUUCUAGCCAAGAUACCACACAAGUCGAGGGAAGAGAAGCACCGUCACAUGGACACAAGCGAAACGAUCAAGACAUUGGGGCUCAUAUGGAACCCAGACAACGACCAAUUCCAAUUUCAUUCAGACAAAAAAAUUUUAAUUUUUGUCAGUCUUCAGCAAGAAUUUCAAUUGAAAGAGCAAUUGGGCUGUGGAAAGUACGCUGGAGAAGCAUUCUUGAUUGUUUGGCCAUGGUCACCAUAG